ACUGAAGGCUGGAACACACGGGUAAUUGGAGCACAGCCCGGAGAUGUGUUUAUAGCGCCCCCGGCUGCCAUCAGGUCACUGAAGGAAUUGCACCAGGCAACAGUGUGCGACUGCAGCUGCAGAGAGACAAUAACGCCGUCGGCAGGGGCAGACUGAUCCUAAUUUGCCAUGGACCAGCAGCACGAUUCAUUCAACAGCCACUCUAACCACUGCGGCUCGGCCGAAGCCAUGGCGAACUCUCUCGCUGGCAUGACCGUCAACGACCGUCACCAUGGGGAGCAGCUGGAGAAUGGCAUCAGUCCAAUGAAAGACGUGUCCCAGGAAGCUUCGGUCGAUCUGACAGAAGAUAAGCUAAUUUCGGAGACAGAGGUCUCUUUAGUAGAGUGCGCCCUCUCUGAGGAACAGGUCAAUGAAGAGCCAGCUUUAGCACAUGAGUUUCUUCAGGAUGAGACCGCCUCCUUUAAUGAGGAGGAGCAACCUGAGGGGUUGGUGGAUUCUACAGAAGUAUAUGGAGAAGUUCAGCCAGCAUCUGCUCCUGCUGAUUCAAAUGGGCAGAGUGCAGGAGGUCCCACAGGUACGUCUCCAACACCACCUGCGGCAAUAUUUCCAGAUCUAGCGGCUGACUGCGCUUCAGGGGGUUACGUUGAAGACUGGCAAGACCUGGAAACUCGAGGCUUUAUAGAGCAGAGUAUACCGGAAGAAGAAGAAGAAGAUUUUCUGAUGACUAGCUGGAGUGGACCAUCAAAGCAUCUGCACCACCCACCGGUCAGCCCUGAUCGCACCAGAAGCCUGUCCCUGGAGAACGAGCUUCCUGUAUCCUUCUUAAUCCGCAGUUCAGCUCUGGAAGAUCUCACAGCUGUCGGGGAUAAGUUCCGAGAAAGUCUUAAACAAGAACCCUACACUGAGAGCGGCCAUUACGAUGAGGAACAUACUGUGAAAGAUACACCGAGUAUUAACACCUCACUUUGUCCCAACGGCGAUCUAUGGGUGGAUCCGAGCUGUGAAUAUAUCCAAGGAAGUACCACACCGACUCAGGAUACACUGCAAGCACAAGGACAUGGUCUAAAUUCAGUCUCGGUGACAGACUCGUUCUUGGUAGCACAUGAAGAUAAUCAGAGCGAUUUAGUUGAAAGCCUAGAGACAGAAGGAAAAGAAGACGUUCUUCCUUUGAAGGACUCAAACGGAUCUCCGGUCACUUCCUACGGCUCAUCGAGUAGAAAAUCUCGUGUACCCGUAUCUCAGUUCAAAGCUCAAGCCAAGACUGACAACGACACUGAGAAACGGGUAAUUCCAUCUUAUGACACAAAGAUGCUCAAAGCACCUCCUGCCAAAGCUAGACUAUCCUCCUUAAAAAGACCCUCCAACAUUGUGAAAAAUUCCUCAGCUUCCUCUAGUGCUUUAUCACCAGGGACUAGGGUUCCAGGAAGCAGGCCUUACGCUGCUGGAACAAAGAUCCCAGCGAUGACUCCUCCUCAAUCAGUGAAAGUGGAUCCGAAGAAACAAGUGAAAAACGGAAAAGAGUCUCCUAAGACCCCUGAGGCGAGUGGCCAGAGUAGCCCCGGCACCCCUAAAUCACCUGCUAGCAAGUCUCUAGGUGGUAAAGCCCCAGUACCAAAGGAUAUGAAGAAGGUGGCAGUGAUCCGUUCCACCCCCAAGUCUCCCGGCUCUAUGAAGAACCGUUCUCCAGCCCCUCUGGCUGCUGCGCCCCUGCCGGACCUCAAGAACGUCCGCCCCAAAGUUGGCUCCACUGAAAACAUCAAAUACCAGCCUGGAGGCGGCCGGGUCCAAAUUCUUGAUCAGAAGCUGGACUUUAGUAAUGUUCAGUCUAAGUGUGGCUCCAAAGACAAUAUCAAACAUGUACCCGGAGGUGGCCAAAUCCAGAUUCUUGAUAAGAAGGUGGACUUCAGCAAUGUCCAAGCUCGAUGUGGUUCUAAAGACAACAUUAAGCAUGUUGCUGGAGGAGGAAAGGUCCAAAAUUUUGAUCAGAAGCUCGAUUUUUCCAAUAUUCAGUCUAAGUGCGGCUCCAAAGACAAUAUGAAGCAUGUACCUGGAGGGGGCAAAGUUCAGAUUCUCGAUCAGAAGUUGGACUUAAGUAAUGUGCAGGCUCGCUGUGGCUCCAAAGACAAUAUCAAACACACACCCGGAGGUGGCAAAAUCCAGAUCGUUCACAAAAAGUUUGACUUUAGCAACGUGCAAGCGAAAUGUGGCUCGAAAGACAACAUCCACCACAAGCCAGGAGGUGGAAACAUUGAGAUCAGAUCCGAGAAACUGGAAUUCAAGGCACAGUCAAAGAUCGGCUCGCUAGACAACAUCGGCCAUGUGGCCGGAGGCGGUCAGAAAAGGAUUGAGUCACACAAGCUGAUGUUCCGCGAGCAGGCCAAAGCGCGGACCGACCACGGCGCCGAGAUCAUCUCUCUGGAAGAGUCUCCCCAGCAGCUCAGCACUGUUUCCUCCUCCGGCAGCAUCAACAUGGCUGAUCCACCGCAGCUCGCCACGCUCGCAGAUGAGGUGAGCGCCUCGUUGGCCAAGCAGGGCUUGUGAUCUCUCCCCCUCGUCCUCUCUCUCUCCUCAGCCCUAAACCCGUUUGUUACAGUCACUUACGGACAUUGGAAAGUCUUCAUCUCCCUGAUUCUGUUGCUGAUGAGGAUCCCGUAUUUCAAGGAGCCUUCGCUUUCUCACUGUUAAAGUUCUACAUUCAGCAUUAGGCUUCACCGUGUCCUGAGCAUCAGUUGCCCAUGACUGCAAAAAAAAAAAAUCUCUCUUUAUCUGAUUUACCUCUUACCUUCGAUUUUUCAUUCAAAGAAUUAGAAUCGGACAAGAGUAUUGAAAGACCAGGUUUCUCACCUUGCUUUCGGAGGUUCAUGAAAAAGAAUAGAAACUGUACAUUUACAUGAAUUUGGUUCCCAAGAAGAGAAAACAAUCUUCAUAAAAAAAAUUGAAGCAUGAAUUAACAGGGUACUACAGGAGUAGGAAUGUUUCACUUUUAAUAUUUCUAAUAAACGUUAAGAGACAUUGAGAUCUCCGCCUCAAAAAUAUCUAAAUUUAGGAGAUUUUUCCAGUGAAUUUGGCAAGCUUGAUGUUAAACCAGAUGUUGUUCAUCAGGCACUUUUUUCUUACAGUAUUAUUCUGUGGAUAUGGGAUGUAUUUGACAUGAGGGUGAAAAAAGAAAGUGUUGAGCCUGCUGGCAGUCUUAAUUUUUGUUUUUAUUUUUUAUUUUCUUGUCAUUGUAGAUGCGUCUCCUAUUUAACUUUUUCACUAUUUAGCAGCAGUGUAGCUCCGGUGAUAUGAAUUCACUCGAUUCCUGAACGCUUUACAUGAAACAUUUUCACCUGUUUGAGAAAUGGAGGUUAUGAGUAUUGAACUUUUUUUUUGUACACUUCGUGGAACUGAUUCGACUAAAACGUUUUCGUUUUUUUAUCAUUACAGUAACGGAUAAGCUGCUGUUGGUUAUUUAGAACCUGUGUGCUUUGGUGAUAAUUCAGUCGUAGGGAAGGAUUUUAAGUCGAUGAAAAUCGGAAUACAUACAAAAAGUGUGUCUUUCUAUCCCAGAAAAGUGGUUUAUACUCAUUUCGUGUUUUUUGGUCCAUACCCAAACUCUACUGUGAAAAUCGGCAAGACGUUUAUUUCCGCACCGAUCCGUCACGUUUUCCCACAAAUCGCUGUGUUCUUGUAUCGUCCUUGAAACCCCAGUUGAAAUGCAUGGAAGGCACAUUGUGUACACUCCUGUCAAAAUAUUUUUAUUUUUAAUGCACACAAUUGGACAGCUUUCAGCCAAUGACACUGCUAAAAUUCUCCCUUAUUAGCCUAGGUUGCGUUAUCCCAGCACGCCCAUCACGCUUCGGAAUGUCUAUCUACGCUCCUUGCAUGCCUCUGCAUCACCUCCAGGUUUAAACACUGUUCUUUUCACUGUUUUUCUUUGCGCUGUAUCGCCGUAUAGUAGAAGGGAAUAUACUAGCCGAAAAACGCCCCCCCCACACCUUUCUUUUAUGAUGGAGGAGGAGCUGUAUAGAUAGCGUUAGUUAUAUAAUGUAUGUGUAUUAACGUUUAUGAUUCAUCUAUUUGCCAAGGAAUACGAGUGCUGAAAAAAAUAAAAAAUAAAAAUAAAAAGAUUGCGGAGCAGUUCGGCGGUUGUUGCUCGCACAACGAUAAUCUGCAUGCUAAGUUAUCUGGUCUUUUCCGUUUGUUUGGGUUUCGUUUUUUUACGGAACAGCAAUGUGUUUUUGAAUGUUCUUGGAUGGGGUUUGUAUACUGUUUGUGGUACGUGGGGCUACCGAGUGAAAGAAGUACAAGUAUGUGUUCCAUGUACAAGAGCGGGUCAAGGGAACAGGUUCGGCGAUCCAGAAGUGACCUUGUUGUAGAGGGAAGGCCACCACUUUGAGCGUAAUGUCUUGUUCUACACUGUAAGCUUGAGCUGGUGGGUUUCAUCCUGCUGUCAUUGACACCAUUCACCUAAUUCUGCGCUUGUACAUUUUAGCUUGAGAACUGUGAUCGUCAAUAUUGUUAUUGUGUGUUUUAUUAAUAACUGAUUCUUGUUAAUGUACAUGUGAAUUUGGAAAUAAAGGCUAUAAAGAA